AUGACAGACGGCGUUACAUUACAUGGAGAAACCGAUGUGACGGUACAACGGCAGCAGCAGGAGCGGAACAAACGCAUUGGAGGUGGUGCUUUCCACCCCACAACCCCUUCAGUGUACCGGUUUGAAAGCAGGGAUGAUUGUACAGUUUGGGAGACAACAAGUGCUCCACACACCCAGAAGCGCAGUGCUGCUGCGGACGAAUAUGUUACCGUAUGUCUCAGCCCAUUUCACGGUAGAAGACCCACAAUACUAUUUAAACCGUUUGAUCGACCGUGUGACGAUGAUUUACUUGGAGCUGAUAAACACAUCUAUAUUGAACCCUCACCACUGCCAAGGCUUCAAAGUGAUGCAACUGAAGAAAGGAGUCAGGAAGAAGGUGUGUUUAUUAAAUGCCAGAGGACGGAGCAAAUUGCCCGAACUGGACCGUACGGCACGCUCAGCUUUACGAUGCCUGCCCCCGCAGUCCGCUUUUCUGCUGUUAUGUGCGCUCUGGAGCGUGCGGGCUUUGUGGAAGACACAAGUUUACUCUCCAAAUCCUGGUUGCUUAAAUGGUGCAAACGCCCCGUACGCAGCGAUUUUUCAAAACUGAGAUUGUUUCAACGUAUCAAUCACUUCCCGGGAACGUGGCGCCUCGGUAAGAAGGAUGAGUUGCAUCGGCACCUAGUCGCUGCAAGAGUGAGGUGGAACGCACAAAUUGCUUCGGAUAGUGGAGGCUACGGGGAAAGGCACCGCAGUAGCACUAACAGUAAUGGUGACUGCUGUGAAGGAGGGAAUAGCGAACAUAUGAAUUUUUUCCCGGAAGCUUGGGUGUUGCCAGACGAACAGGAGGAACUGAAUCGUGUACUGUGUGCGAAAGAAGAGCGUGGUAACGUGUUUAUCGCUAAGCCCACAACAGCCGCAUGUGGGCGAGGUAUUCAACUCUUGGUAGCUGGGGAGCCUUCUCAUUCCAGUUUAAUGCGGCGACUAAAUGGUGUACACAAUAAUUCGGAUAGUACGCAGAGAGGACGUGGGGAAAACAACACACCCAACUUUCAAUGUAGUAACGGUGCCGACAUUCGUAGGUCAUCUAAUCGAAUGAUAGUGCAGCGCUACGUUUCGGAUCCACUGUUAGUUGAAGGCUAUAAGUUUGAUUUGCGCCUCUAUGUUGUUGUAACGUCAUAUGUACCUUUGCGCGCGUACCUCUACACGGAAGGGUUGGUGCGGUUCGCAACUUCUCCAUACCCAAACGACCCCGCCGGAGUCCGUGCUGAGGCGGUGAUGGGUGAGAGGACGCUUACGGCACAUCUUACAAAUUUUACCAUCAACAAGAAAUCGGAGGAUUUCUUUUCGCCUGCCGGCGUGCACACCAACGAUGCCGACGUUGAAGACACCGCGUCUGUAAACAGCGCUUCAAAGUGGACCCUUAGUGCUCUUGAAAGUCAUUUUAACAAGCAUGGUUUGGAUUGGGAUGGGACAAUGAAACAAAUACACGAUAUUCUCGUAAAAGUACUCCUUUCUGUGCAGCCCCACGUGAAGGCAGAAAUGGACUCUAUAGCCAGUGGCGGCAGUGGGAGCCGUGUGAGGGACAGUUGUUUUGAAGUUUACGGAGUGGAUGUUUUGCUGCGCAGGCCACCAUCCUCGAAAGUAAUACCGAUUCCAGUUCUAAUGGAAGUGAAUAUUAUGCCGUCCCUCAGUACGCACUACUCGUUGCUUGAUCAGUGUGUAAAGGGCAAUUUUGUUGCAGAUAUGCUCACGUUAGUUGGUCUUACUGCUGGUUCAUCGCCUGUUAGCGCUGGUGGUACGCGCUGCAAAGGCAAUGGCGACGGCAAUAUGUCUCCGAGUGAAAUUUACGGACAUGCAUUUCUUGAUUCUUUGAAUGAUGUAACGGAGCGGGAGGCGUGUGUGAGAGCGGAGGAAGAGCAAUUGCGAAGUAGGAACUUCAUACGAAUAUGCCCAACAUCAGAGUCAUACAACCGCUAUUGUGCUUUGUUUAGCGAGCCGGAAGGUGUGGGAAACAGAUGCCGCUCGCUGGAUGAAGUGUUAAGCGCAUGGGAACAGGCCAGACGUGACAACCCCCCAUCGUGGGCUUCUUAA